AUGAGCGUCCGAGUCGUUGCACGUGUUCGACCUCUUCUCAAGUCUGAGCGGGAACUCGAUGUCAUUGUUCGCACCGGUGUAUCUGCCAUCACCGCCGAGGCCAAACUUCGAGAGACGGAAAAUGGCGACCGGAAGCUCGCCGCGCUGAGAGACCGUGAUAACAUCGUGCGGAUCCCCAACCCCAAGAACGAGGGCGAGGAAUACACCUUCCAAUUCAAUGCGGUGUAUGACUCCGAUGUGGCGCAGCAGGAACUGUUUGAUGCUGAGGUUGCACCUACCAUCAAACAUCUCUUCAAUGGGUUUGAUGUCACGCUCUUUGCCUACGGUGUGACCGGAACUGGGAAAACACAUACGAUGCGCGGCGGUAAAAGCCUCGCGGACAGAGGUGUCAUCCCACGACUCCUGAGUGGCAUCUACAGGCGCAGCCGGAAGAUCGAGAAGGAUACCGAAGGCGAGACUCAGGUGAAAGUGUCCUUGAGCUACUACGAGAUCUACAAUGACAAGGUGUAUGAUCUGUUCGAGCCCCCCGAGAAGCGCACUUUGGCUGGACUACCUCUCCGUGAUAAUGGAGGCAAGACAGUGGUCUGCGGCUUGACCGAGAAGCCUUGUACCAGCUUGAAGGAGUUCGAAGGUCUUUAUGACCAGGCGAACAACAAUCGGUCAACCUCCGCUACCAAGUUGAACGCCCAUUCCUCCCGGUCGCAUGCUAUUCUCGGUGUAAAGAUCACAAUGAUAUCUUCAGACAAGACUCGCGUCAGCACGGCAUCUGCCAUUGACUUGGCAGGAUCGGAGGAUAACCGUCGAACGGAAAAUGACAAAGAACGUAUGGUGGAGUCGGCGAGCAUCAACAAGAGUCUCUUCGUCCUCGCCCAGUGUGUCGAAGCGAUCACGAAGAAGCAGCACCGUAUUCCGUAUCGCGAAUCCAAGAUGACCAGGAUCUUGUCUUUGGGUCAAAACAACGGCUUGACCGUAAUGAUCCUCAACUUAGCCCCGGUUCGAUCGUAUCAUUUGGACACCAUCAGUUCCCUCAGUGUCGCCAAUCGUACCAGGAAAAUUGAAGUACGCGAGAUUGAGAAUGAUCCGAUCUUCAAAGGUCCUGCACGGCCGUCAGUUCGUCCUUCGCUGGCAAGCUCACGACAGCCACUGCGGCCCCUCAAUGCUUCCGUCAACGUCAACUUGCCCGCUCCUGGCGCAAAGGACCCGGCCAAAAAGGAAGAUGAAAAACCGCCAAAGGCAUUCAGCGUUCUGAACUGCCAAGGCGAUCCUCUCUCUCGAGACCCCUCUCUCUCUGCGGACGGCCCUGCUAUGCGCUCACUGAAGCAAUCACGUCCGACACUCGCUCCUAUUCCGUCCGAGCCCGAGCCACAACCCAGUCAUGCCGACAUUUCUGCGGCAAGAAUCGAGGAGAUGGUUGAGAAGAAAGUCGAGGAAAUCCUUGCCGUUCGAGCUGUCAGCGAACAAACACGUCAGAACCAAGUCCAAGAGUUGAACGACCAGCUCCAGCGGCGCUUGGCUCAGCUGGAACAGCGGAUCGAGGGUACCGAGGAUGCUCGCGCCGAGGGUCUGUCGUACUUGCUCAUGGGGAAGCAGCACCAGGCCCGUGGUGAGAACAGCUCUGCUCUUAAGAUGUAUCAGCUGGCUCUCCCCCAUUUCCCGAACAACGAGAAGCUGGCUUCCAAGAUUGCUACCUUGAAGGAGCGUAUGCAGGGAAAGACCCAGCAACGCUCUUCUAUCACACCUGCAUCCCCUCCUAAAGGCAGGUUCGGGAGCAUGCUUUCCCUCAAGAAGGAGCCUACCCUAACGCUUGGAAAGCGCCAGGCAGAAGAUGUCGAUGCUGAUUACAUGGGACAGGCUGGCGAUGCUUUUUCUAAUGACGAUGGUCCUCCCAAUUCGAAGAAGCGCAACACCCAGUCCCUUCGUGAAAGUGAUCCUGAAUUGGAUGCUCUGGAUGAUUUUGAUCCCACCGUGUCGCCUCGGACUCUCCACUUGCUCUCGAUCGUUAACUCACGAGACGUGAGCCAAAUCAAGUUGUUGAAGGGUGUUGGCAUGAAAAAGGCAGAAGCUAUCGUGGAUUGUCUCUGUGAGAUGGACCAGUCAUCGUCGAGCAGCGGUGAUAUAGAGAUGAUCUCGGACCAGCCUCAGUUCCAGCUCAGCAGCCUUGCCGAGCUAAGCACUCUGAAGGGCGUGGGGGUUCGUACAGUUGAGAACAUGCGCAGCGGCGUGCUGGUUUGA